AUGGAGGAGGAGGAGGAGGAAAAGGGGAAGAAAGUCGUCGCCCCGAAGCUGAGCUUUACGUUUAAGCUCGGCGGCGGCGGCGGCGGUCCCCCGGCGGCGGUUUUGUCCGGCAAGACGACGACGAGAGACGACGAUGGAAACGACGACGGAAACGACGAAUCCAAUCCAGGGUCGAAGAUGAAGACGAAGAAGAAGAAGCGCGAGUUCGACGAGCUCGAGGACGAGGACGAGAAAGAGCGGAUGGGAGCGAAAAAGCAGAGAAGGAACGACGAUACAUAUUAUUCAGACGAGGACGAGGACGAGGCGGAGAAGAAAGCGAAGCAAUUGCAAGCGAAAAUCGAGGCGUUGGAAAGGCAGCAGCAACAAUUCGCCGCGAGGGAAAGAGGACCGGCGAAGGCAAAGACGCCUAAAGCGGCGGCGGCAGUUCCGAAGACGGGACGAGGGAAAGAGCUUCGUGGGAUGAUGAUGAUGGGGAUGUUACCGUCGGAUGGACCGACGACGACGAAUACGACGAGUCCCGGGAAUAUCAGCGGGAGCGCAGACGAUAGCGAUAGAUUAGAGUUGAGUCGCUUGGCGAGCGCUCGCUCGGCCACGCCGGGGACGAAGAACACUAAGAAUAAUAUGAACAACAACAAAACGCAGAAGAAAGGGACGAUGAAAAAAAGUGGUACUACGAACGGGAGGAGGAGUGAGAGGGAGCAAACGCCGCCGUCGACGGUCGGUGGUGCGAGCGGAUUGGUGUCCGCGUUCAACAUAUUCGACGACAUCGGGGAUAUAAAUUUCCCUUCGCCGCCGAGCGGUGGGUCAAAUUUGGCGGACGAUAUAUUGUUCGGUAGUGGUGGUGGGAGUGGGCAUCAACAACACAACAAUCAUCCGCCGAGUUCGUUGAAGCCGUCGCCGUUUGGUGGCGGCGGCGGCGGGAAACCGGCCGCGAUGCUCGCCAGGCUCGAGAGAGAACAGGAGAUGGGGAAGAAGAAAGGCGCAAAGAGUAGCGGUAUAGGCAUGGAUAUUGCUGGACAACAACCGCAAAGGGUAAACCAACAACUCCCUUUUCCAUCUAUACCAUCGAGUAAGAAUUUAAGCGCCGGUGGUGGUGGUGGUAGUGGUGAAAUGAAAGAAAGCGAUUUGCCGCCGCCAAAGAAAGGUCAGAUGGAGGAAAUUAUAAAACAGUUGCAAAAACUCGACAAGCAGAAAAUCUUCUUGAAUCCGGUUACGGAAGCUAUCGCGCCGGGAUACUUUCAAAUGAUCGAUCGACCGAUGGAUAUAUCGACUAUUCGCUCAAACUUGAAGGAAAAGAAAUACUACACGUCCUGGUCGAUGUUUGAGGAGGAUUUGCGAUUGAUGUAUACAAACUGUCAGGAUUACAACGGUCCAAACUCGCCGUACUUUGGAAUCGCUCAACAAGGCUUGAAAGAGAUGCGCAGCUUAGUGCACGAGAAAAUAUUAGAAAGUUUGAGUAAGAAGAAAGGAUUUAACGGGACGUUUCAAAUGUCUUCUAUGUUCCCGUCGUUGGAUGAUCUGGGCGGAGACUCCUCUAAGCAGCAAAGCGAAUUGGUUUCCGAAGGUGGCGGCGAAUAUUCUCGAGAUAACUCGGACGACGAAAAUGACGAAAAAAUGAAACGAGGGAUCUUUCAAAAGAAGAAAAACCGCGAAACAUUCAAACCGUAUAACGUUUUCGGUAAAUCCGGCGUCGAUCGAGAACCUUUCGAUAAACGAUGUCCGACCAUGCAAUCCCACUGCGACAACCAACUCUUACAAGCGUACAGGUAUAACGGCAACGGGUCGUCGUAUUUGGUGAACUACUCUAAUAACGUCGCGAAUAUGAAAGAGAAACCGUACGAGGUUUUCCCGCCGCUCGGACGAAAUGUCUCGUUCGUGGCGUACGUGAACUCUAUCAGAGCGUUUGCCGGCGAACUCUUGCCUUUUCCGGAGGAGGAAGAAAAUGAAGACGACAAGGUAAAGACGCCAACGCAAAAGACACGAAAGAACGGAUUCAUUGCGAAGUGGGUGAAAGAAAGAACGGAAGGAUGCGACGCGUGGCGCGAUUUGAUGUAUAUUCCGGAACCACCGAGAAUACAGGUGAUGCAAAAGGUAGCCCGAGAACAAGCCGCAGUUCCUGCAACGUCAAACGCUGCUGGUAGUGGCGGUGCGCCAAAACUCUCCGCGGCUGCUGCCGCUGCCGCCGCCGCUGAGCAGUCGCACGCGCGUGCACUCGCCGCUGCUAAAUCUCAACAGCGCAUUCUCGCCCCACCGGCGGCACCUGCGCCGAUGCAAGUGGUGACGCUCAAGAAAUCCGAUUCGUUCGCAAAACCGACAUUGUCCGCUCAAGAAGCCGCUCGUAGAUCGCAAAGCUCACCCGGACACGUCGUUUUCCGCCAAUCUCUCGGGUUGGUGACGGAGGAAGCUAAGAAAUCCGUGUUUGAGGCGAGGAAGCGCUGGCAGCUUGCCGGCGCGGCUUUGGAAGGACAAGUCAGCGAAGAUGUCUUGAAAACAGAUCCUCUCGAAAAACUUGCGGGAUCGUCCAUAACGGUUUCCGAAAUAGUGUCAAUGUUACCAAAUUUGAACUCUCGACGGAUGGACAUGGAAUCUACGGAUAUGCAAUACAACGGAUCGACGCUAUCUUUACCUAUGGAGACCUCUUCGCCGCCGACAAAAGAAGAACCCGGGCAAAAAAAAUCUCUGAGGGAUAUCGUUCAAGGUCUUUCGAAAGAAUACCAAAAAGCGCUCAGAAAAUUCGGAUUGUAA